AUGGUACAAUGGUGGCAGUUCCUGCUAGGGAUGUGUACAGUUGUACCCACCUGGACUGAAGACAAACUGCUAAAUGUCUGCAUGAAUGACAGACACCACAAGAGAGAACCUGGCCCAGAAGACAAGCUGUAUGUGGAGUGCUCCCCCUGGAAGGAUAAUGCCUGUUGCACAACCACCACAAGCUGGGAAGCCCACCUCGAUGUGUCCCCGCUCUACAACUUCACCUUGAUUCACUGUGGCUUGUUGACCCCGAGCUGUCAGAAGCACUUCAUCCAGGCCAUCUGCUUCUAUGAGUGUUCCCCUAAUCUGGGGCCUUGGAUCCGACCAGAUGGCCCACGUGAGCAGGGAGAGCGGAUUUUGGAUGUGCCACUGUUGGAGGACUGUGAGCAGUGGUGGGAUGACUGCAGCUCGUCUUACACUUGCAAAUCCAAUUGGUUUGGUGGCUGGGACUGGAGUCAGGGGAAGAACCGCUGCCCUAAGGGGGCCGCCUGCCGCCCUUUUCCAGAAUACUUCCCCACCCCAGUUGAUCUGUGUGAGAAAAUUUGGAGCAACUCCUUCAAAGUGAGCCCUGAGGGCAGGAAUAGUAGCCGGUGUCUCCAGAAGUGGUUUGAGCCUGCUCAGGGCAACCCCAAUGUGGCCGUGGUCCGCCUCUUCGCUAGCCCUGCUCCAGCCCAGGAGCUCUCUGACACCCUCAUGGUCUCCUUGCUGUGCUUGUUGUUCCUUUUCUGUGGCCUGUCUUCUCCCAUCUAUUUCCUUGCUUCCACAAGCCUGGCCACCUCCUUCCUCUGGCCAUUGACUAAAAGUAAUAGCAAAGGAUGGAAAUGGGAAGCAGACACUGAGACUGCCAUGGCAGGCAACUGA